GCCAGCCUGCAGACAUUGGGCGGUUGGUGGCCGACGGCCUGCCUUCACUCGACGUAGUUUUUGUCUCGAAGGACAAAGUGGAUCCAGGAGUACUCUGGCAUGAAUGCAGAGGUGAUUUUCAGACCUGGCUGGGCAAAGAAGGUCUGGAAGUUGUUUGCAACGUCGACGAGCCUCGACGGCGUCUUCAUGCUAGACUACAUUCUGCUGGACACCUGCUGGAUGUUGCCAUGAUGGCUUUGGGCUUUCGUUGGAAGCCAGGCAAAGGCUAUCACUUCCCAGAUGGGCCAUAUGUGGAGUAUUUACCGUCCCAGGACGGGCGUCAGCUCGAUGUGAAAGAUGCGAAAGCCAAGGAAUUAGUGAUGCAGGAGCUGGCAUCCAAGAUGAAGGAGCUGGUCGACAAAAAGGUCGCCACAAGCAUCGAGUUCGUGGAUGGUGUGCGAAUGAUCGCAAUGGAUGGUGUCUUCUGUGGGUGUGGUGGUACGCAUGUGGAGCACUCUGGAGAGAUCGGCGAGGUCUCCAUCAAGAAGAUUCAGGCGAAACAGGGCAACAUUCGCGUAUCCUAUGCUAUUGCAGCACCCGCGCAAGCAGCCUUGAUUUUGUCAGAGAAGGAUGGGGCAGCGGUCAUAGCGUCCCGGGUCCGUGUUAGCGAGAGCCGCUUGCUGGGAACUGUGUUGAGCUGGAAAGGCCGAUUUGGGUGGAUACGUGCAGACAAGCGUAUCAACCAUCAGGAAAGUGCAAAGCAUGGCGGUCGUAUCUAUGUGCAUAUUUCAGAUGUUGAUGGGCGAGAAGAGCUCACGGAGAAUGCCCGCGUUUCUUUCAUGGCAUACAGCGAUGGAGAUGGCUUGGGUGCGGAACAAGUUCGGGCGGAGUCGCAACUGCCCCCUAGCCCGGCCUACCCAACUGGUGCGGCGAGUGUCGUGAAGACUCGGGCAGUGCCUCCUGCACAGCAAAGAUCAUCACCAGGUGCAGGGCCUGGCCAGUCGGCGUCAUCUGCAGCCAAAUCAGCUGCUAAAGCUUCGGCAACGGUUGCAGGGCCGCUGAAACCGAAGCCCAAGCCGCACCCAUGCCCGGCCAGGCUAAAAGCUCUACUUCCCAGCGAUUGUUGUUGCCCUAUUUCUCUCACGUCACUGGAGGAGCUACCGGUGGAUCCGUUUGGACUGCUGGGCACGACGGAGUCCGCAGAGGUGCCGAAGGAAGGGAUUUGGGGCGAAGCUGCAGAAGACCUGCUUCGCACGAAUCCAAAUCAGGUGAUUCACUGGUUCGACGGAAGGUUUCUCGCCUCAUUUCUGGUCUCGAGCGGUCAGCUCAUUGACCCCGUAAACCGAAGAGAACUAUCCCGAGGCGAAUGCAGAUCCCUGGAUGAGUACAUCUGCGCCCAUGGCUGUCCCGCUGUGCAUGUGGCAGAUGCCUUCGACCUCGCAAAUGCAGUGAAGACGACGACACAGGCUGAAGGGCCAGCUGCUGUAAGAAUGGCUGCUCUGGAGCGGGAGGCAGCUUCGAUGCUACGCAGCCUUUUCGACUUUCGUUCAGUCAGGAACGUUCCACAACCAGCCGCGCCCCCGGCUGGAGCCACAGGAGCAGAGUCUGAUGCCCUGCAGGCUUCGGAGCAGUCAGCGUCAGACUGGCCUGUCCUGGGAGCUUCAUCCCAGGACUCCGGCAGGGAACCAGCUUCCAUACAGCCGGAGAGGCGCAUCCGCACUUGCACCCGAAGGACCGUUCAUAACGAUGGCGGUCUGCAGGUUGUAGACGACACGGAAUUCGAUGAAGAGUACGAGGAGGAUGAGGAUGAACCACUCUUCGGCCCCACUGACCCUACGCUCGCCGAGUCUGCAUCAGCUCCUCGCCGGGCCAGGGCAGCAAGAUUGCCCCGCAGUCGCGGUGAUCGAGCGCAGAUCACUUUUUCCGUCACUGGACGUGCCCGUGCAGAGCCCACCGGAGAAGGCCGUGUCGGCGGGCAGGCCGGCUCUUCUCAGAUGCGGCUGUCUACUCAGCUCGAGGACAGUGAAGGCGACGAUCACCAAGAGGACGACCACAUUCCUCCUCCCUUGGAAGUGGAGGCUUGGGUUCCCGAAUGGGCUACUCCGGACUUGCACGAGCGCCUGCUCACCGAGAUUGAUGUUGUCUCGGCCAUGUUUCCGGACGAAUGCCAAGUGCUGACGCAAGAUGUGCAAGCACAUUUGCAGGAGUGUCUCUCCAAUGGGCUUGUCAGUCGCAGACCAGAUCCCCUGCGAGUCCAGGUCGCACAGCACGUGGACGGGCCAAACGGUGGGUGUACAGUUUACUUGGAGUUUUCUCUGCCACCGUUCUACCCGCUGCACGAACCCAGCCUGACUUUGAAAGCAGCAGAUGAAGGUGCGCCUGUUUGGGUGCGAGAUGCACUCCAAAGUCUGCAAGGGACCUUGCGCACAGAGCUUCACAACCUCGAAGGCUCCGAGGUCAUGGUUAAGGCGGUCGAGUGGCUGACCCAACAUGGCCCCACCGCCUUCGCACGCGAGCGCGAGAGCAGCCAUGUCAACAAAGCAGCCCCUGCCAAAAAGCAGGCUCCUGCGGUCAGCCAGCAAGCUGUGGAGAGCAAAGCAGAGCGAAUAGAACAGGCUCGUCGAGAACGCCUCAGUGCCAAGUUUACCGACAAAUGGGAUUUGUGCUAUGCCUUCAUCAAGCAUGGCUCCUGCAAAGACAAGAAUUGUCAAUGGAGGCAUGAGCUGCCGCCCAAGAAGGAGGAAACAAAAGAAGUAAAAGAGACAAAGGUCGAGACCAAAGCAAAGCAAGGAGCAGGCAAGAAGAAGUCCAAAGCCUGUUCGGAUAGCUUGGUUUUCGAAAGCAGGAAGUCCAUCCAUUCGCCAUGGCGGUUGGGCAAAGCCAGGCAGCCUGUCUCGCAUGAGGCGCUGACACAAGGGCCAAGCCUGGCUAUGCCUGGCUAUGGCUACGGAUAUGGAGCAAGCCGUGAAAGCGACAGCGAGACGAGCAGUCGAGACUCCGAGAGCAGCGAGAGCUUGGCAUCUGAGGUCGAAGUGGGUCAGAGCAUACCAAGAGUGCAUCAGAAAGGCACCAAAGCGGUUCAAGGACCACAGCGGCUUGAUGUACAAGGGGACAUUUCUGAAGCUUUGCCAAAACGGCGGAGAGUCACAUUCAAAGAGGAGGUUUUGAUCUUGACGGACUCGGCCCGUGAGUUCACGAAGCUCAACCUCAGACACGGCUCCACAAGAAAGCGCUUCAAGGAGCCUCCGCCUGUCGCGAAACGAGCCAGCCGAGGAACCGAUGACGGUGCCAGAACUGCAAUCAGAUCUCCAUCACCCGAGCGACGUGUCCUGGAGUCGGCCAUGGGAAGCUUGGAAGUGCGAAGGCAGCCGAAGCCAGAACGCUCGCAAGAGGUGGCAGAGCCUGACGGUCGCAAGAAGAACCGAAAGGAGAAGAGCCACAGCCCUGAUGGCUCAACACAGCAAGGAGGAGCAGUCGGAGUUGUGCAGGACGAAGCCGGAGUGGAGACCUCUUGGGAGCCCAAUGUGGCUCCAACGAGAAUGAGAGAGGAGCCAGACGCAGACAGAGACGUGCCGAAUGUGCGCACGCAAGGCCAGAAGCAGGCUGCACAGGAGGUCAAGAAAAAGAGAAAAAAGCAGGACUCUGCAAGGCUGCCACUGGAGAGAGAGAAGCAGCACAUCGCUUCGGAGCAUGAGGCUGCACAAGCAGUGAAAGCCGCAGAGGUAGCGCCGCCUGAAGACCCAACUCGACAGCAGACAAGGCCAGCAGCAACUGAAAUCGAAGAGAAUCCAGGAGUGCCUUCCAAGAAGGAGCCUUGGAACCGCGACAGGCCGGUCGACUUCGAGGAAGCGACAUCGCAGCUGGCAGUCUCCGAGGACUCGCAGGUGGAAGCUCACACUGCAACCUCAACGGAAGACAAAUCAACUGCAAAGACGCAGGAGCUGCAACCGGAGGCCUUGGAAACUGAUGCCAACGCGGCCAUAGAGGCCACGAAAGGAACCCUGACUCGUGAGAUUCGACUGGCAAAAGAGUGGAGGCCACCACCUUCGCUGGUCUUGCCGAAGGAUGUGCUGCCCUGGAAUGCCGUUGAGUAUCGGGGUACGGAGUUGAGAUCGAGAGCGAAGUCUCGUCAGCAGCCGCAGCUCCAAGUUGAGGCCACGCAGGUCGUACUGCAGUCCAAGCCCGCCCAAGAGGUAGCAAGAGGAGUUGCAGCACGUGGGAUACGACUCGCAGAGGAGUGGAGGCCCCCACCACCGCUUGCUCUGCCGCAGGACAUUCAGCCGUGGAAUCCUGCUGAGUAUCGGGGCACAGAGUUGCGAGCCAGAGCCAAGUCUCGCCAGCAUCUGCAGCUCCAAGUUGAGGAAGCCGCUGGAGAUUACACCACCAAACUGGCUGGGUUGCUCCGCGCCUUAGAAACUGACUUUGCUGAGCCCGCGGCUCUCCUGAAACGAUUCUGGAUGCAGCUUGCGAUGGGUGAGCGAGCACGUUUCGUGCAGGAAUUCCCGCAGUUUCUGCGCUAUUUACCCGACACCAUGCGCGCCACCAGUCGCCUCCCUUGA